AUGUUGGCAUCGCGUCUGCUUCGAUCCGGCACCUCUCCCUCUCUUCUUCGUCCGUUCAGCACCUCAUGUACCCGGUUGCGUGCCCCCUCCAUCCGAGACAUUACCCCAGACAAUGCCUCAUCGUUCAACACCCGUCAGAAGGAGUUCCGUGAUAAUCUAGAAGCUGCUCGGAAAAGAAAAGCAGAGCAAGACAGUCAGUCGCUUGAUGCUUCUGCCCCUGUUUCUCCUUCCUCCUCCUCUUCUUCCUCUGCCCAAACCCCUCCCACUGCUCCAGAUGCGAGCAAUGCGAGCGGGCCUUCCACCGUUGUUGAUGCUGCGUCCUCUCUGGACCGCCAGGCAUUAGGCUCACUAUCAACCCACCGCAUUGUAGGAGAACGGCAACAGGCAGAGAAUAACAGCACUCCGGGCCGUGGCCGUCUUUCCAGUCUCAUUUACGGAACUAAAGAAGGUCAACAGUUAGACAAGGAUAUCGAGCGGUCCUUCUCCGAAGUCUUGGCACGAGGAAAAUAUGUCCAUUCGAUUGUCUUUCACGAGGUCAAGCCGGACAAGGUCGACGAGUAUGUAGGGCUGGUGGGUGAAUGGUAUCCCAAGAUGGCCGGGAUGGAACAGAACAGGGUCAACCUCGUCGGCAGUUGGCGUACUCAAGUCGGAGAUAAUGACACUUUCGUCCACAUUUGGGAGUACCAGAGAUACACUGGAUAUCACGCAUCUCUUCAUGAGAUUGGUCAACAGCCCGGUUUUAUUGAGUUCGAUCGUAAACUCAAGUCCCUAAUCAAGAGUAAGAAGACUUCGCUCAUGCAAGAAUUCUCCUUCUGGCCUACUACGCCUCCACGCCGGCUUGGAGGUGUCUUCGAGCUUCGAUCAUACACCCUGCAUCCGGGUAAUCUUCUAGAGUGGGAGAGCCACUGGAGGCGAGGUCUAGCCGCCAGACGACAGAUCAUGGAAGGAGUUGGUGCAUGGUUCGUGCAGAUUGGCGACCUCAACACCGUCCACCAUCUGUGGCAAUUUGCAGACCUGGAAGAACGAAAGAAGAGACGUGAACAGUCGUGGGAACUCGAGGGCUGGGCUGACACGGUACACAAGACUGUUCCAUUGAUCCAGACGAUGAAGAGCAGGAUUCUUAUCCCAAUGCCAUGGAGCCCUGUCGGUUAA